AUGUUCCGGGAUUUCCGCUUCUCGAUGAUCUUCAUCGCUAGUGCCAUCGGGACGUUCCCUCUCUUCGUCCCGCCGUUUUUCCUGCCCCUCUAUAGCCGCUCACUUGGGUUUAGCACCAAGACGGGAGCCGGUCUGGUCGCGGGAUUCAACCUGGCUUCUGCGGCUGGGAGAGUCGGCUGUGGUCUUGCAACCGACCGGAUCGGCCCUCUCAAUACGCUCAUCCUCUCGCUCGUGGGGAGUGCGUUGAGCAUGCUCGCGCUGUGGCCCGUCAGUACGACGUUGGCGCCGAUGGCGGUGUUCGUGGUCCUCAAUGGAGCCAGCAAUGGAGGGUUCUUUUCGACCAUGCCAACGGUUGUCGGAAACGUAUUCGGAUCGGCUCGAGUGUCUCUCGUGAUGGGCAUGGUUGUGACCGGAUGGACGGCUGGAUAUUUGAUGGGUGCUCCUAUCGCUGGAUAUUUGUUAGCUGCAUACGGUGGAACAGACGAGGGCAUCAAAGCCUAUCGUCCGGCGAUGUUCUAUGCUGGUACACUGGCAUUCGGGGCAGCGGGUUUUGCGGCAUUUGCGAGGUUACGGAUAAACUCUAAACUGAAAUCAAGAGUCUAGCAAGGAGAAACCAGUUCCUAUGGACAGAAGCGAGGUCAUUAGUUUAUGUAUCAUUUAGAAUGUGUCUCCCUGUCAUUGGACCUGUCAUUUUGAAAUGCAUUAGGACGGAGACCUGGCGUGUCUUGACUCUUGAAUCGCGCGGACCUCCUAUUCAACCUAGAUUCCAUGAACACAAUACG